UUUCAGAUGACUGGAGCAAAAGACAGAAUGAGAGAAAAAAAGAUGAAGAAUCAGCCGAGAAACGUCAUUUACACGAGCUCAGGUCGCGGUACCGGGAGAGGUCAGGGGUCACAGGCAUGCGGCUGGGUCAGAGGUCAUCAGCCUGGGGGUCACAGUUACAGUCAAGAUCUGCCCAAAUACAUCACAGCCUCGUCCUUCGCUAAAGCGCGCGCCGCUGAAGUGAACGCUGUGCUGAAGGCCGUCAGUAACCCUGCAGGCAGCUGCCACACCUCCACCGCUCUGCCGAAGCACAUGCGCAGACGAGCCCUGAGCCCCAGCACCAAGAGACUGCUGAGCCUGGUGCUGAGAAACCCACCGGAGUCCAGCAGAAGCUGACUGAACACACGACACAGGCUCGCAUCCAUCAC